UCGAUAAAUACAUUUCUCAACUCUCUCCUUUCAAAUCUAAUCUACCAAAAGCUAUAAAAAUUCCUCAAAUCAAUUUUCCCAUAUGCUGAACCAUUUAGUUUGUGGCAAUUUCCAACCCCAAUUAGAAGAUGAUAUACCAUGUUCAAGUCCAAAAUCAAAAUCCAAAAGAAAAGACAACAAUAGGGACAAUAACCCUUAUGCUUCAAGAGGCUUAGAUAAAUUUUCUACCCUUCUAUCUGAACUUGAUCAAAGAAGGAAGAAAGUUUACUCACAAAUGAACCCACAUGACAUAUCUUUUGUUCGUUUUACAUAUUCAAGUGAUGAUUUUGUUCCAAUUGUUGUCAAAGUGAAAGUGAAAAAUAACAAUCAUCACAAGAGUGAAGAACAAGUUAAGGUAAGACGUGUAACAUCUUUUUCUGAGCCAAUGGAUCAGAAACAUGUUGAAGAAACAAAACAACCCAAGUUGGAAAUAUAUCAUCAUGAUAAUGAUGUUAAAAAUGCAUCAAGCAAGAUUGAAAGCUUUGGAUUCUCUUUGAAUAUCUUGAAGAGGCCUUCUUUCUAUGUACCUGCUGUUGUGAUAUUUAUUUUGUUGUUGUUGACUGUUUUUGGAAGAUCAUUUGCAACGCUUUGUACAUGUAUUGUGUGGUAUAUGGUCCCUGUUUUGAAAGAUAGUUCGAAAGAAAAGAAUAUGAUCAAGAAAAAGGAUUAUGUUACUGAAGGGUUACUUUCUCCUAGAGGUGAUAAGAGAUCUGGAAAACAUUGCCAACAAAAAAGCUGGUGAAGAUUAUUUGAUAGUAGUAUAUUAGUCUUUGUUUUAUUUCAAUGGAUUUUCUUUUCUUCUUCUAUUUCUAUUUCUGGGUUUGGGAAUAGGAGUUGUGUAAAUUAUAUGUCAAUGUUUUCUUGGUGAAGUUCCUGAGAUAGAUUGAAAAUUCAAUCAUUCUCAUGAGGAUGUUUUCUGAGUGUAAAUUAUGGUAGAAAUAGUGCUUACAGUUACAGUUGUACAUUGAAUGGUUAAUUAAUAUUUGAUCUUUCUGGUUCCAUCCAUAUAUGAGAAAAUAUUUGGAGCUUUGUCUUGAUCUUAAUUAUAAUCGAAAGCCACUUAUAUA